CGUUUUGGACGGCAAUUUGGUCGUCGUUUUCAGCUAAAACCCUUUCAGAACUGAAUCUCCCAAACCCAAAGAGACCUAAAGAAGAAGAAGAAGAAAAGCUCAAACCCAACCAACCUCAAUGGCGUCCACGAGAGCUUUGUCUAGGCUCUCAUCUCGAUUACAGUCUCUAACUAUCAACACCAACAAGAGAUCACUACUCUCCGAGCUCUCUUCUCCCAAAUUGACACGCACUUCUCGAAUUUCAAGAUUACCAGUGGAAUUGAGUUCAAUGAUGCCGUUGCACAGUGCAGUGGCUUCAGCACGAUUAAUAUCAAGCUUAUCCAUAGAUUCUCAGCAAUGGGGUUUGGUUCCUCAAGGAAUUUCAAUGCCUUUAUGACAAUCUUCCUGGUGUGAGUUGUCAUCUGGUUCCAGGCUUCAAUAUUGACAAUUUGUUUUAAAUAUUUAUGGGAUCAAUUUCUUUUACUCUUUCAUUUUUUAUUUCUGAAUUUUUGUAGUGGCCUCAUACUAUUUCUUUUCCUCAAUUAAUACUGAGGACACUUUAAACUUUUAUCAUUUGGAAAAAAAGGCCUUAGAAAAGGUGCUCAAAGAUGUAGUUUACUACUACUUAUAGCUUUGGACUUUCUUUUAUAUCUCUAGUGACCAAUAUAUUUUGUCUGCUA